GAAAUAAAGACACUGGCUGUAGUGUUAAACUUACGGGAAGCUUCGUGUUUGGUGUAAAUAUAUACAUCUAGAUAUACGCACACACUAUAUGAUAGUGAAUGUUGUUUUAAAAUUAAUUAUUAGACUGUGGUGAGAUUAACUAGUGGUGUGUCGGUAUGGAGAAGGAACCGGAUGUGGAGUGCAGCAGCUCCGCUUCAUGUACGGGCGCCGGGAAAUCGAAGCUGGACACAUUGUCUAAAGAUGACCUCAUUAAAUUUGCAAAAAAGCAAAUAGGAGCAAUGCAUAAGUUAAAGUCACAGUGUGCAGAUUUAGAAAAGAAGGUUGAAGCCCUGAAGGCUCUUCAAGGUGGGACUUCCAAUGAUUCUGUAAUACAGGAGCUGACUGAGAGAAUGGAUGCUGUUUUGCUUGAGAAAGCAGAGACUCAGCAGAUGCUUGUGUUACUACGUAAAGAAAAUGAAACCCUGAGAAAUCAAAGAGAGGAGUCAGGGGAGACGUUGGCUGCUCUCCAGCAGAAACUGGAUCAAGCUGAAAAGGACCACGCCGAAAAGAUCAAACUUAUGGAAGAGCAGUUUGAAAGUUCAGAAACAAAGUACAGAGAGGAGUUGGAGUUUUUAAAAAAAUUAGCAAGCGAAAAUGAAGAAAUCCAGAGACACAGCCUUGAGGAAGUCUUCAAUUCUAAUAUCGAAGCAGUUCGUCAAGAAUAUGAGAGGAAGAUAUCGGACUUGGAGCAGAAUCUGGAAUUGGCGAAAAAAGAAUGGAUCACCGAGAAGGAAACUCUUAAGGAAACUCACCAGAUAGCUCUCCAAAAAACCCAAGAAGAUAUUGACAAUCUUAAGGAAAUUAUUUCAAGGUUGAACACACAGCAUGAAGAUGAGGUCCGGUAUCUGGAAGAACAGCUUGAAAUCAAUGCUGAACAGUUUGAUAUGGAGAGGGAGAGACUGCUGCUGGUCCAGGAAGAGCUAUCGGAACAAAUAGCACUUAAAGAGAGCUUCCUCCAGGAUGUUCAAGAGGAGGAAGAAGACCUCAACAGAAAGACUCAAAAACCAACAGAAUUGGUUACGACAUUGGGUUCCUCAGUAUUAGAAGACCCAGAGAACGAAAUGGACAAAUUGAGAUUAGCACUGCAUGAUUUACAGUCCCAAAAUACAAUGCUUAAAGAGGAGCUCACCUUUCUCACAAAUGUUAAGACGGAACUUGAGGGUGAUCUGAAACAUUUAAAGCAGGAGUUCAGCAUGGAAAAGGAAGAGCUGGAGUUCAAGAUUAAUGAAUUGCAAAUGACGAAAGAGGAAGCUGAGCUUGGCCCUGAAAAGGAGGUUAAUUCCAUGAAUGCACACGAGACCAUAUGUCUUGAAGAACAUAAUCGGAUUAUUCAAGAAUUAAAAGAGUUACACAAAGCAGAAAGGAAGGAACUAGAUGCUGAUCUUAUUUCCAGUAAUGAACGUGAAAAAGAAGUGGUUGCUCGAGAGGUGCAAGAUCUUCAAAACACGUGCAAGGUGCUUUCUGAGGAGAAAAAAGCUAUCGUCAGUGAAUAUGAGCACACAAAAGAAAUUCUGAGAAACAUUGAGAUGGAGCUUGGAGACAGAACAUCAGAGUUUGUGAAGAAAUACAAUGCCAUGAAGGAACAGGCAGCAAUUUCAAUUCAGGAGUUAGAGGAAAAGCUCAGGGAGAAGGAUGGUAUGAUCGAGAAACUCAAGUGCUUAGAGCAAAUACAGGAUCAUUCAGAGCGAAAGCUGGAGGACGUUGUUCCAGAGGACGAAGAAGUCGUCGUCCACAAAGAGAACAAGAUGACACUUGAAGAAAUGUUAACAUACAUAGAAAAACUACGAGAUGAAUGGAAGGAUGGAGGAAUGGACACUGUCCAAAUUACACUUCAGAAGUUGGAGGACUUGUCAAUGUCUUUGGAAGGUGCCUUAGAUGAGAAGAAAAGUCUGACGUGUUGUAUAGCUAAGUUUGAGAGCCAGCUCUCUUUCUCAGCUCAUGAAAAAGAUCAAACGGCCAAUACUUCAGUCAAGGACUCGGCGGAGUCAAAUGAGGAAAUAGCUGAAUUGCAAAAAGACCACCAGUCUGCAUUACAAGAGCGGGACGAUCUAAGAAAGGAGCUGGAGAUUAGUGAAGAAAAACUUUCCAAGGCACAGAAGCAAGUCUGUAAUAUUUUUGCACAGAACUAUUCUAUGAAAAUAGACGAAGAGGAAGACAUCUCUGAGUUGCUGAACCAUCUUCUAUCCAGAAUCGCAGAAGAUAAAUCAACCUGUAUUGUGUCAAAUGAGGAAAAGGCUAAACUACAAAAUGACCUGCAAGCUGUGUCUGAUGAGCGGAAUGAUCUAAAGAAGGUUAUUGAAACGAGUGAAGGAAAACUGUUGGAUUCACAAAGGCAUGUCUGUGAAAUACUGGAGCAGCACUACUCUGUGAAAACCGUCGGGGAGGAAGACCUAUCCAUACUGCUGAAUAAUCUCCGCUCGAGCAUUCACAAAGAAAAAGAGAGUUACGUUAUGUUAAACGAGGAAAAGAUUAAACAACAAAGAGACCUGGUGAGCGUGGUUGAAGAAAGGGAUGAUCUAAAGAGGUGUAUGGAAACCCAUGAAAGAAUACUGUCUGAUGUACGGAAGAAUGUCUGUGAAAUGCUGGAGCAAAACUACUCUGUGAAUGUAGACGAAGAAGACAUCUCUGUACUGCUGAACCAUCUUCUAUCCAGAAUCGCAGAAGAUAAAUCAACCUGUAUUGUGUCAAAUGAGGAAAAGGCUAAACUACAAAAUGACCUGCAAGCUGUGUCUGAUGAGCAGAAUGAUCUAAAGAAGGUUAUUGAAACGAGUGAAAGAAAACUGUUGGAUACACAAAGGCAUGUCUGUGAAAUACUGGAGCAGCACUACUCUGUGAAAACCGUCGGGGAGGAGGACCUAUCCAUACUGUUGAAUAAUCUCCUCUCGAGCAUUCACAAAGAAAAAGAGAGUUACAUUAUGUUAAACGAGGAAAAGAUUAAACAACAAAGAGACCUGGUGAGCGUGGUUGAAGAAAGGGAUGAUCUAAAGAGGUGUAUGGAAACCCAUGAAAGAAUACUGUCUGAUGUACGGAAGAAUGUCUGUGAAAUGCUGGAGCAAAAUUACUCUGUGAAUGUAGACGAAGAAGAAGACACCUCUGUACUGCUGAACCAUCUUCUAUCCAGAAUCGCAGAAGAUAAAUCAACCUGUAUUGUGUCAAAUGAGGAAAAGGCUAAACUACAAAAUGACCUGCAAGCUGUGUCUGAUGAGCAGAAUGAUCUAAAGAAGGUUAUUGAAACGAGUGAAAGAAAACUGUUGGAUUCACAAAGGCAUGUCUGUGAAAUACUGGAGCAGCACUACUCUGUGAAAACCGUCGGGGAGGAAGACCUAUCCAUACUGCUGAAUAAUCUCCUCUCGAGCAUUCACAAAGAAAAAGAGAGUUACAUUAUGUUAAACGAGGAAAAGAUUAAACAACAAAGAGACCUGGUGAGUGUGGUUGAAGAAAGGGAUGAUCUAAAGAGGUGUAUGGAAACCCAUGAAAGAAUACUGUCUGAUGUACGGAAGAAUGUCUGUGAAAUGCUGGAGCAAAAUUACUCUGUGAAUGUAGACGAAGAAGAAGACAUCUCUGUACUGCUGAAGCAUCUACUGUCAAAAAUUGAAGAAGAAAAACUGAUCUUAACACAGCAGUUGGAAGAAAAAACGGUACAGUUAUCGCAGCAAGCCGAGCUGAGAGACAAUAGGGACCUACAGAAGACCAGUCGAAAUGAGGUUCUGUCAGAUACUGAGCAUUUGCAAGGGGACCAACAUAAGCAGGUUGAAAUAACAGGGAGGUUAGUGAGCCAAGAACAGGAAGAACCUGCAGGUGAAGGUGGUGCUCAGGCAACUGAUGACAUGAAAAGCCUUCAACAGAAGCUAAGUGAAAAAGAGUCCAUAGUAGCUCAUCUGAAGGAAGAAAUUUCCAAUUUACAGGAAUCCAAGCUAUCAUCACUCAAUGAAAAUGUGAGGCAAAUAGAACUUUUAGAGAAAGAAAGCAAAGAGAAAGAAGAACGUUUGAAUAAAUUCAAAGCUGUAGCUGUGAAAGCACGGAAGGAACUGGACAACAGCAAGAAAGAGGCAGCGAGACUAAAAGAAGAAUUGGAGGCUUUGAAGGCUGAAAGAGACAAAAUGUCAGACUCCAUGAAGGCCAUCAUCCAUGGUGCAGAAGCCUAUAAGAAUCUUAUGAUUGAUUAUGACACUCAAACUGAGCUGUUGGAUAAAGAAAAAGAGAAACUGGAGGCAUCAGAAAAGCUGGUUGGUGACUUGACCAAACGUCUGCAUGUAGCUGUUGAACAGCAUAAGCAACUUUCUUCUGAGAGAGAAGACAUGAUUGCUCAUCUCGAGACUCUCCAAAGUAAUGUUCGACAGCUGGAGGCACAGGCUCUUGAAAUGCACAAACUCAAAUCUUCAGUGGAAAGAGACCUGGAAGCAGAAAGGCUACUGAAAGAGCAAAAAACAAAGGAGCAUAUGUGUGCCGUGAAGGAAGCUGAGGAGCUCCACGUUUUGGUACAGAAGCAGAAACAAGAGCUGCAGCAGACCCAUCAAGAGCUGGAACAGCUUAGGAAGGAUGCCCAGCAGAGCACUUUGUUGGACAUGGAGAUGGCAGAUUACGAGCGGCUGGUCAAAGAGCUCAACCUGCAGCUCUCGGACAAGGACAGACUGCUGAAAGAGCAGGAAAGACAAAACCAAGCUCAGAGAGAGAGAGAGGAGAAACUGAACCAGGAAGUAGAGUCUUUAAAGUCACUUGUGGACGUCGGAGAGGAGAAGACCGCAAAGGUUAAGCAGCUGCUGGUGAAAGCUAAGAAGGAUUUGGCAGAUGCCAAGAAGGAAGAAGCAUCUCAGAUGAUUCUGCAGUCUUCUCUAAAGGGUGAAUUAGAGGCUAUUCAACAGCAGCUGGAGAAUUACAAGAUUCAGUGUAGUGAACUGACUGCUGAUCGGCACAGGCUUCAGGAGCAGCUGAAGUCAGUGAGCGAUCAACAUCAGAAGUCAGUCACUUCCUACCAGCAUCAAGUGACCACUUUACAGAAUGAUCUGAGCUCGACAAAGGCUGAAUUUGAGUCCACCAAGUCCGAGUUUGAGGGUUACAAGGUGCGAGUACACAAUGUGCUCAAGCAGCAGAAAAAUAAGAGCUCUUCUCAAAACGAUGGUGACUUUUCCAAACAGGAAAGGGAGAACAUGGAGACCAUGCUGGAGCAGUUGAGGUCCAAACUGCAAGAAAGUCAACUUAAUGCACAGAGCUGCAAUGUCGAGCUGCAGCAGCUUCAGACUGAAUAUGACACACUUUUGGAGCGUCACAACAAAAUGUUGCAGCAGACCAUCACUAAAGAGGCAGAACUGAGAGAUAGGUUACUGUCGCUGCAUUCAGAGAAUGUAGCACUAAAAUCUGAGCACAGCCAGUCAGUAGCACAACUAACAGCACAAAUAGAAACAUUACGUAGUAGUUUCCGCGAGCAGCUGCACCAAUUGCAGGAUGAACAUCGCAGCACGGUAGAGACCCUGCAGCACCAGAUCACCUGCCUGGAGACCCAGCUGUUCCAGCUGCAAAAAGAGCCUGCCACCUCUGCUGCUCAGCAACAGAACAAGAACCCGCAGUCCGAGAAGAAGGUUGUGGACCUGCCUUUUGAGAUGAACAUGGCGCGAGAGGAAGGUGAGGGAAUGGAGACAGCAGAAACUGAGUCAGUCUCUACAGCAGGGACUCCCCCACCCAGUCUCGAACAGCUCCUCACUUCACCCGACCCCAAACAUGAGCCCUUUGUGUGGCAGGUGGAGCCCACGAAAGAGGAGCUAACUAGCAAACUGAAUACAGCCACACGCAGUAUGGAGCACAUGAACAGCCUGUUACAUGAGAGUGAAGCCACCAACGCCAUGCUCAUGGAGCAGAUCAACCUCUUGAAGAGUGAAAUGCGUCGUCUGGAGCGGAAUCAGGAGCGAGAGAAAUCUGUUGCAAACCUGGAGUAUCUGAAAAAUGUCUUGCUGCAGUUUAUCUUCCUUCAUGCUGGCAGUGAGAAGCAGGCGCUGCUGCCUGUCAUACAUACCAUGCUGCAACUCAGCCCAGAAGAGAAGAGCAAACUUUCUGCAAUUGCACACGGUGAAGAAGAGGCUGCAGCGUCUAGAGGAUCUGGUUGGACUUCGUAUCUCCACAGUUGGUCUGGGAUCAGAUAAAAACCCCAAACCUCAAGUAUCUUCAGUAUCCAGGAAUGUGGAAAUGUCUGUAUGAUUUCUCUCUCUCUCUCAUUCAUACACACACACACACACACACACACACACUGAUCAGCCAUAACUUUAUGGCCACUGACGGGUGAAAUGAAUGACA